AUGCUACCAACGGAUCGCGAAAUGUUAUUGGAAGUGGGAUGGGGACUCGGUCUAAUAUUUGCGGUGAUAGGCGUCUGGGACUUGGUGAUGACGCUCUACAUGCCCGCCGAAACAUGUUCGACGCCCUGUUCAACGCGAUUUGAGAUCUUGUUUAUUCAUCUCUUCAUAUGGAGUGGCAUCGCUAUCGCUAUCCUCUAUGCCAACUGCGAAUGGGGAGAGCAACUCCGUGUAAAGAUGGCAUGUGGGUGGUACUAUCGAAAGCUGCGCGCUCAAUGGCAUGCCUCCUGGCGUUACCUUCUGCUUGUCAUCUCGAUCAUGAACUACCUAUUUUCA